AAAGCAUACUUUUUAGUAUUAAAAAUUAAAAUACCAAUUACCAUCGUCCAUUAGUAUUCUAGUAAGCUUCGCAUCAUGUUGUUCGUGAACUCGAGCUCACGUGUAUAAUAACGUAUUUGAAAAGUUUAAUAUCUGGUGUUAGUUCGUUUAAGAAUAUUUAAAAUGACGUUGAACCGUUAUUUGUUAUACUUUUCAUACAUUGGAACUAGAUUUCGGGGUGUACAACGACAAUUAACUUAUGAUAUCAAACAUAACGAUGAUCCUUCUUCUAUACAAGGAUUACUUGAAUAUGCACUAAAGCAACUAGAACCAAAAAAUUAUCCUAGGUUACAUAUAUCCAGUCGUACUGACCAAGGCGUACAUGCUUUUAAGUCAUCUGCUCAUGUUGACUUAGAAUUUAAGUACAACAUUCAUCCCAAUAAGCUUGUCUAUCAAGUUAAUAACUUUUUGAUUAAAGCACAGGUUCCAAUUAGAUUAAUAGGAGCUCAGUUAGUUUCUAAUGAGUUUAAUGCCAGAGGGUGUGCUAAAUGGAGAAAAUAUUUAUAUCGGUUAGCAGUGUUAAAACCUAAUAACGAAGAAUUGAUAUCUCAAAGAUACGUUUUUCCACUUCCCAUAACUGAAGAUCGUCGGUGUUUUUUUGUAUAUGAACCAGAUUUUGAUUUGGAUCUUAUGAAAAAAGUUGUACCUUUGUUUAUUGGAACAAAAGACUUCAGAACGUUUAUGGCAAAACCAAAAUUAUUUGAUAAAUCUAAUAUAACCACUGUGCGAACAUGGAAUAGCCUUGAUAUUGUACCUGGCCGCUCUUUUUACCCCACAGAAUUUGACAACUAUUUUAACUAUUGGGAUAUUUAUAUUAAUGCAAAAUCAUUUUUAUACAAACAGGUUAGGCGAACUGUUGGUGUACUUUUAGGAGUUGCUCAAAAAAAAAUAUCAUAUGAUGAUGUAAAAUACAUGUUUGAUAAUCCAUCAAGUAAAAGCUGGAAUCCUAAAGCAUCUACAGUGCCAAGCUAUGGCCUUUAUUUGUAUGAUAUUGGUUACGAUAAAGUAGAUUUAAAAGUGCCAGAACCCGUAAUAGAGCUAAAAGAGCAAAAUGCAGUCGACAGUGAAGUAGAAAAUUGUUUGGAAAUAAAGAAGUUGAUAGUUAAGCAACGCAUAGAAAACAGAAGAGUUGCUCUGAAUGCUCGUAUUUCUAAAUCAUUAGAAAUAAUUAAACGAAAUGAGCUUCUUAGAUCAAAUACGAAGAAAGAAGAAGGAUCUAGUAAACGUUGAAACUAAAGUUACUACUGAAAGUGGUAAUGUUUUUAGAGAAACAAAAUCCAAGGAUGGUUUUAUAAGUCAAUUAUUGUUAAAUGAACAUACAUAUGGCUAUGUUGUUGAUA